UUGUUUCAGGAAUGCAUCACGGCAUGCCGCCGUUAUGCCUCCACCGCCGGGCAUGGGCAUGCCUCCUAUGCCUCCUUUUGGAAUGCCUGCACCACACCGAUGUCAUCUACUUCAUCAGCACCCUUAGGGCCGCCUAUGCCUCCAACAAAGAUAGGCCCUACACAUCCAGAUCCUUCGCGUGAAGAACCUAAAACAGAUUCUGACACUGAUUACCGAAUUGCGCCUGAUUAUAACAGAGGACAGCACGAUCAAGAUGGAUACGAUUACGACGGUGGAGAUCAUUAUGGAUCUGAAGACUACAGAAGGGGCGGUCCACCUAAAGACGACUAUGGAGGUCAAAGAGAGGAUUACAGUCGAGGUGUUCCACCUAAUAUCAGAGGAGAUGAUUACCCUGCUCGACCUGGGGCACCACCCGAGGAUUACGCAAGGGACGGUUAUGAAAAAGGCGAUGGUUAUGGUCGUGGUCCUCCCGGAAGGCCGGAUUACAAUGGCCGCGGAUUUCCACCACCCAGCGAUUCCCACAUGAAUCGAGACUACCAACGGGGAAUGCCUCCACAGAGCGACGAUUACUCAAGGACACCAGGGUCUCGUUUUGAUCGUCCACCUGAUGACCGAGCAGGAGACAGAGGAAACGAUCUCUAUGGCGGUUCGAUGUAUAAUGGAAACGGAGUUGGUUCGCAUUCGUCCGUUCUAAAUUCUUCUGCCGCAGCGGUGGCCAACAAGCUUGGAGCAAAGACGCGUAUAAUUCAUCCUGAUGAUCAUCAAACCACGUCAUUGGAAGAACGACGUGCGAUGAUGAUGAUGUCCGCUAGGGGUCAAUAUCGUUAA